AUGGUGGGCCGGAAGCCGAUGCGCCGGCGCCGCGCCGACCACCCGCCUCCGCCGCCGCCACAGUCCUUCGGUGCCACGGCCCGGCCGACCUCCCCCCGCUCCUCCACCUCCGCCUCCGCCGUCGCCGACCUGGACGAGCUGCUCCACACGCCGUCCGCGUCGGAGCCCCGGAGCUUCCCGCACGCGGUGAAGCAGCAGUGCUGGGAGAAGGCCGAGAAGGUGCCUGGGCGCGACCCGGAGAGGUGGCGCCGCGACGCGCUCGGCAACAUCGUCUUCCGCAAGCUCGUCGGCUGCCCCGGCUGCCUCUGCCACGACUACGACCACAUCGUGCCCUACUCCAAGGGCGGGAAGAGCACAUUGGAGAACUGCCAGGUUUUGCAGGCUACUGUGAAUCGAUCUAAAGGGAACAAUACUGAGAUAUCCAAAUCUGAACUAGCACAGAGAAGCGCAUAUUGUCGGGUUUCAGGACGUGAUAUGGAUCUUUUUGAACUCUCUGCCUUUGGGAAUGUUCGACGAGGGCCAGAUUCAGGGGGCUGCAAAAUCCAAUGA